AUGAAGUUCUCAGCCCCCACCGCUCUUGCUCUGUUCGCCUUUGCCGCUCCGGCUUUGGCCAAGUCUAUUGGUGAGGUAUACAUCGAAAGCGACCUCAGGUCCGAUAGAUAUGACCCCGAAGAGUCUGUAUGCGAAAACACCGAAGCCCCAGAGAAAAAGGUCGUCGGUAUCGAAAUCUACACGAAGAAGAAAGAUCCCGAAAUCUCAUGCGUCUUUUUCAAGGACGCGGACUGCAAGGGAGCUACGUGGACUCUUGAGACUAAGGACUCGGAGAAGAUCCAGAAGUUCAGCAAGCCGUUCUAUGUUGCCAGCUUGAAAUGUACCCAGACCAAUGAAGCGGAAUAG